AUGCCCGACUCGGGUGAUCCCCCGGCGGCGCCCAGCGCCAACGAGGACCAGUCGGCGGCGAAGCGACCGUCGCGGCCGGCGAGCGUGGUCUCCUCGCGCAUGACGGAUAUAGCGAGCGACGACGGCGGCGAAGCAAAGGCCCGCGACCCUACCACUAGGCAAUCUAAGAAUAUCGAGCAUACCUCCCGACCCGAGACGGCCAAAACAACAAAUUCCGCGCGAGCGCCCUGGCCGGCUUCUGCCGGUCGCAAGGGAUACUCAUCCGGCCCCGUCGGCAAGAAGACGAGCGUCGCAGGGUCGGCAGCGGCCACACCUUCUCGACGGCCAAGCCUCACGUCCCGAAGUCAUGUCCCGUCCCUCACGUCAAACGCCUUUUUUCGGCCGAUGAGCUCUCAGAAGCUCCAAGCGCAUCGAGCAAAUGUUGCGCGCCCGCCGACCACGUCGCAACAGGCACAGCCGUCACAACAGCCGUUCGCCGAUCUCGACGAUGCAGCGACGGAUCUUGGCGGCAGCGUCGUUAACCGGGACGUCGGCGCCCCCAACAUCGGGGCGCAGACAGGAAGAGUCAGCGGCGACAACGCGCGACUGCCGUCUCGGGGCACGGAGGCCACGGAGCACGAGAAUUUCGAGCGCACCAUCGGCAACACGAGCCCGUCUCAGGGACACUACCCGACCGGCAGCUUGUCUGAUAGUGUCCAGCCGCUGCGGGGAAGGCAAGAGGCCCGCAGUCACCCGACUCUCGACGCGAACAAGAGCUCCAAGGAUCGUGGGCACAUGCCGAGUCCCCUUCGGACGCCACGCUCGUUCCGCUCGAGCUUCCUACUACCAGGGAGGAGCGACCAGGGACCAACAAGCCGGAACCGAAGCACAGAGGGUGCCGAGAAGUUGUCUUCUGUGAAUUCGUCUCCGCGAUUGCGACCCAUGGACUCGCACAGUAUGCCAAAAUCCCGACCCCCGCCGACCCCGACAGGUGCGACAGGCGCGGGCCGCGUGCACCAGUUCUUUGAUGGCAACACCAUCUUUUGCUUGGGUGGUCGCUGGCAAAACACAAAAGACAAGCCGAUCAAUAUCGCGACGGGUCUGUUUGUUGUCGUACCAUGCGUGCUCUUCUUCGUCUUCGAGGCCCCGUGGCUGUGGGACAACAUCUCGCCGGCGAUUCCCAUUGUAUUCGCCUAUAUCGCGUAUAUCUGCGUCUCGUCCUUUGUCCAUGCGUCUGUUUCAGAUCCAGGGAUCCUGCCUCGCAAUCUCCAUCAAUUCCCUCCCGUCUUCGAGCAUGAUGACCCUCUGCGCGUAGGCCCUCCAACCAACGACUGGACCCUGAUAAAGUCAGCCGAGGCCAGCGCAGCGGCUAUGGAGGUCCCCGUCAAGCAUUGCCGCACGUGCAACAUCUGGCGGCCGCCCCGUGCGCAUCACUGCCGUCUCUGCGACAACUGCAUUGAGACACACGACCACCACUGCGUCUGGCUCAAUAACUGUGUUGGCAAGCGCAACUAUCGAUAUUUCUUUGCCUUUGUCUCAACGGCAACUCUCCUCGCAGCGUACCUCAUCGCCACGAGCUUGGCCCAGGUCCUGUUGCACAUGACGCGGGAGAACGUCUCGUUCCAGAGCGCCAUUGAUCACUUCCGCGUCCCCUUUGCCCUCGCCAUCCUCGCCUUCGUGGAGCUCCUCUACCCCGCCGCGCUCAUGGGAUACCAUCUGUUCCUCAUGGCGCGGGGGGAGACCACGCGGGAGUACAUCAACUCGCACAAGUUCCCCAAGUCGGAGCGCUACCGCGCGUUCAGCCAGGGCAGCAUUCUGCGGAAUCUCAUGGCCGUACUGUGCCGCCCGCGCCCGCCGACGUACUAUCGCUUCAAGAGCAAGUACCAGCAGGGCGACCAGCGGCUAGGCACUCACCGCAGGCACCGUGCGCGGCGAAACUCUCAGGGGCUGGAGAUGGACCCUGUGCACCCGGGCUCCUCGCCGAGCGGCUUCCAGGGGCCUGUGUCUCUGCGGCAACAGAGCCAAGGAUAG